AUGUAUCAGGCUGGUGUGGAACCCGUGGCCCUCAACCUGCACUCCGGCUUUGCCUCCAAAACUGGCGCCUUUGCGACUACUCUGCGCUACACCGACGACGAGCAGUCUGACAUGAAGUCACUCGAUACAGCAAGAGCUCGGUCAGCCGUCACCACAACGACAGAAAUCACCCAUGAAAAUCACCGAGCCCCCCCCGCCCUCUAUGUGAAAGCCUUAUACGACUACGAUGCCGAUGAUCAUACGAGCCUAAGUUUCCGCCAAGGGGACAUCAUCCAGGUCCUCAACCAACUCGAGACUGGAUGGUGGGAUGGUGUCAUCGGCAAUGUUCGUGGCUGGUUCCCCAGCAAUUACUGUGCCGUAGUGACCAAUCUCGACGAAAUCGAGGAGCUCAGCAGCCGCCGCAUGAUGACCGAUGCUGGUGACACCAGCGCAGAGUCUGGUGUCGACGAAGAUUACGAAGACGAGCAUGAAGAUGAACUGGAUUUCGAUCACAACCAGCGCGAUUCUCAUCCCAUCCUCCCCAUCGAAGGCGCUGGUCCAGUCGAACAAGAAGAAGCCGCUUUCUGGAUUCCACAAGCAACACCUGAUGGCCGGCUGUUCUACUUCAACACUUUGACUGGAACUAGCACAAUGGAACUACCGCUUGAGAAUCCGUUGCUGGCGAAUGAAGCCGGCCCUCGCGAUCGCAACAAUUUCUUUGUUCCCGAGCAGACGCGCCCUCCUCCUGAAAUGAUGGCACGAGGUGUUGAACGUGAUGAAGAUGAUUAUGACGGUUCUGGCUCGGAGGGCGAGGGUGAGUCUUUGAUGCUAGCCUCGCGUGAUUCGAUGUCCCGGAGACGGCGCUCUUUAACCGACGAUGUGUCUCCAGCUACGUCGAUGGACUCUCUAAACCCAUCUCCAGUCACCAAAGUUGCCCAACAGGCGAAGUAUACCGGACAAACUUCAUUCCCACAAUCUAUUGCACGUCCGUCCAAUCCAUCAUCAUCGAUCCCGCGACACUUUGUUGAUGAUACACCGGAGUCAGCAAUUACUUGGUCCGACUUGCUAGAGAAUAUGCGCAAUGCCAUUGAAGCUUAUAGACAAACCAUUCGCAGCGGUGACAGCGGCGAAUACGUUCGAAAAGCGGAAGCCAUCUCCGACCACCUUCGCCUGUUACUUGCUGCUGGAUCAGAUACUACAGAUAACCACUCUGGAAAUCCUUCCAUAAUUUCAUCCAAUCGCACCCUCUACCCACACUUCCGAGAUAUGAUGUCUAAGUUUUCUAAACUAGUUUUAUCUUCUCAUAUUGCUGCAUCAGAUUGGACAAAUCCUGAUUCCGCUACAAAGUGCCUGCAGGAAGUAGAUGGUGUUUGGCAAGGUGUUUGCGGCUACGUAGAGGUAGCGCACCGACAACGUGGUGAAACUAUCAAUCGGAUUGUGCCUGGUUUUGUACUCAACAGCUUCACAGGUGGGCACUGGCUUAACAAUGGCAUUAAAAACAGCGAAUCCGGUGCUACAUCUUUCUUGGAGCCCGAGAGUCAAGAUUUUACUCAGGAGGCAUUAGUGUCUCUUGAUGCUGCACUGCUUGAUCAGAUCGACGUGAUGAGAAAAUCACUCGCACUAAGUAUCAGAAAGCUCGAGGAACAAUUAGUUUUGGGCCAAAAGGCAAUCACUCAAAAACAACAUCGCUCGUUAAGUGACACUAUUUGCCUUGCAGCUCUUAGCGUCAUUGAAAAGUACCGACCCUGGAUCAUGACGGUGGAGUCAAUUAAUCUAGCUUCACUCGGGACAAGUCUGCAGAACCCCCAGCUGGUCGACUUUGGUAUGCAGAAACAGCGAGUCUAUGAAACAAUUGCCGAUCUUGUCCUCAGUUGCCAGUCAGUUUCCGCCCCCCUAGGCGAUGAAUGGGCUGAAUUGCGAGGGGAUUCUCUCGAAGAUCGCUUGAAUACUGUACGAAGUGUCGCUCGUCAACUUGAGGCCUAUACGUCACAAAUCGGAUUCUCGCUAUCGCUUUUGCAAGAGCAGAUACCAGAGCAAUCUCGAACCACCAAUGGCCAGACUCACUUCAUCGAUGAUGGUGGUAUACUCGACCCUUUCCAGAAGAACACCAAUCGUGCGGAAUCUGGAAAACGUAGAGGGACUGAAUCUUCGGUUCAAGCCCUGCCUACGUUCACCAUAGGAAUCGAAGAUGAAGAUACGCAAGUACGUCGAAACAUGAACAAAGCUCAUCGUUUCUUCGGUCAAGCUCCUCCAACUACAAUUACAAGGGAGCCACUCCGUGAGCCAGUUGCAGUACCCGAAGAAACGCCUUGGUUCUUGAACUUCGAUCAUGAAGGUGAAGUGUUCUAUGAUAACAAGUCUGACGUGCCGGCUCUCAAAUGUGGCACCUUGGAGGGAUUGGUUGAACAACUAACCCGACACGAUAAACUGGAUGCAUCUUUUAACAAUACUUUUCUUCUCACAUACCGCUCCUUCACCACAGCCGCUGAACUGUUUGAUAAACUCGUUCAACGGUUCGGUAUUCAGCCUCCAUAUGGAUUAAAUCCCGACGAACUACGAAUGUGGGUCGACCGCAAGCAGAAACCCAUUCGAUUCCGCGUCGUGAACAUUUUGAAAAGCUGGUUUGAAAACUUUUGGAUGGAACCGAGUGAUGAAGCAAAUAUGAAUCUUCUCCGACAGGUUCAUGAUUUCACUAAAGACUCGAUUGCAACAACAAAGACUCCAGGUUCUCCACAACUUCUAAGCGUAAUUGAACAGCGUCUACGUGGUCAAGACACCACAGUGAAGAGACUUAAGCUCAAGUUCCUCGAUAUAGACCCGACUGAAUUUGCCAGGCAGCUUACUGUCAUCGAGUCGAGAUUGUACGGAAAGAUUCGUGCAACUGAGUGCUUGAACAAAACUUGGCAGAGGAAGGUAGCUACUGGGGAAAGCGAACCAGCUGCCAAUGUUAAAGCUUUGAUUUUACACUCGAACCAGUUGACUAACUGGGUUGCUGAAAUGAUUCUGACUCAGGGCGAUGUGAAGAAGCGCGUCGUUGUGAUUAAACAUUUUGUCAACGUAGCAGAUAAAUGCCGUACCCUCAACAACUAUUCUACGCUCACAUCGAUCAUUUCAGCACUUGGCACUGCUCCCAUACAUCGCCUGGGCCGUACAUGGGCCCAAGUAAGCGGCCGCACUUCUGCUGUUCUCGAACAAAUGCGGAGGCUCAUGGCGAGCACGAAGAACUUCGGUGAAUACAGAGAGACAUUACAUGCAGCGAAUCCUCCUUGCAUUCCAUUCUUCGGUGUGUAUCUCACCGAUUUGACUUUCAUCGAAGACGGUAUUCCGUCACACACCCCUUCCGACCUCAUCAACUUCAAUAAACGAGCCAAAACAGCGGAAGUUAUCCGCGACAUCCAACAAUACCAGAAUGUUCCAUAUCAAUUACAGUCAGUGCCGGAACUGCAGGACUAUAUUCUGAGUAACAUGCAAGCAGCCGGCGAUGUUCAUGAGAUGUACGACCGUAGCUUGGAAGUCGAACCAAGAGAGCGGGAGGAUGAAAAGAUUGCUAGGUAUGGCAAAAACACCGACGUUCCUGGGAACUUAACUAUUGCAUCAAUUGUAGCAGCGAUUCGUUGA